UCAGUUGUCUCCGACUCUGAGCUGAGUAGAGCUGAGGAGGGAGUCGGUUUGACCAUGCAUGGUGACCGGUGACGGCAGGACAGUCGUACAGACUCAGUAUGCCGCUUGUGAUUGCCCGAUUCGCAUGAUCGAUGUGAUCGGGAUUUACUUGUUGUUUCUUCCAACUCAGAAGAUAUAAAUUUUCAUCUCGUACAUGUACCGGUAUGCGUUUCUUGCGCAGCAAUCCAUCGUGUUGUAGACGUGUUGCAGAUUCAGGAGGUGUUCACCUUCCGUGCCUUCGGCUUCAGCGAGAUAGUCCUUACUGCUUUGGAGCGGAUUGAUCAGCCACGCGCGUGCCUUUGGCUGUCCGUCAACUCGCUGCACUGAACUAAAUCGACAAUAAUUAUAGUGUCUCUCCGAUGUUACCUAUCUCCUGUAGACACUGAGCGAGGUGCUGACACGGAGUAGCUUGUGAGUGUGCCUACAUGAUGGCGAUGCAGCAGUCUAAAACGUUGCACUUCAAUCUCAAAUCAUUGUCGAACUUGAAGACCAGCCGCACACCGACAUGGCUCAUAGUGCGCAUCGAGCAUGCGGACGUUCCACUCAAGUCGACGCAGAAGGUCGAGUACGCCGGCGGGCUAUUGGAGCUGGGCCAUGCGGUGGAGCUGGAGUGUCCGGCAGGCUGUACGGUCGAGUCGUGGAUUGACCGGCUCAUUUCAUAUCCGCUCAUGUUCACCUUGCUGGAAGUUGCCUCCUCUGGCAAGGACAAACGGGGCGGUGGUGUUGGUGGCGCUGCGUCCAAAGACGAGAAGACGGUGACGAUCGGUCAAGGUAAUGUGGACCUUCUCCAUUACCUCAAGGCCGUACGGGCUGCACAGACGAAUCGAAUGUCAACAAGUGUUGACCUGAUCGCGCAGGCAGCAGCCGAUGCACCGACCGGCGGCAAGAGCACAGCUAGCAGUGCUGCCGCUGCUGCUGCGCCGGGCAGCGUGAUUGGACAGCUGGCUGUCGACGUGAGCAACGACGUGGCGUUCGUAGCAGAGCUACCGGACACGACCAGGGUUCUGCACGUUUGCGUCGAUGCGCUAUACGCACCUCCCAUGCAAUGGACCACCUCAACGAGUGCUCUACAGUCGUAUGCGGCCGGGGUGCCAUUGCCAAACUGUCUCAACGGCACUUUUCAAACAACGAUAUUUCCGUCGGGUCAUCUGAGCAAAGGGCAGCAGGAUCCGGAGCCAAGCCAGCGUACCUGGAACAGCAUGUGUACAUCAACUGAUCAGAGUGUGUUGAUGGACAGCAGUGCUGUUGUGGCCCUCAAAGUGGAUGAAGACGACGGAGCACUUAACGGUGCUGCGCCCGGAGACGCCGCCUUCCGUAAUCGCGCCAAGCGGAGAGAGAAAGUCGCUUGGUUCUCCGAAACGCGGCGUUUCCUCCCCGACAGGUCGGUGGAGGCCUUCUACACCGCUCUGCGCACCUCACCAGUUUGGCCAGUGGAGGUGAUGCGGGUCCAGCAAGCGCCUGCGGUGACAGCGCCCGUGAAGGGCAAGCGCCUCUCAGCAGCGCAGGAGGACAGCGCUUCCAGCUCCGGUGAGAGUCAGCUGUCCUAUCACGGCGUUGCAUUUGUCGACCUCUCGCCGCUGCUGUAUCCGGGCUGCACGCAGGUGCGUGGUUGUUACCGCGUGUUUCCGCACAACGAGGCCGACGUUCUGGACAGGGCCGGCCGUACGGCUGGUCUCGUGAAGAUGCUACAACAGGCGCAGGCACAGAGCGCAACCAACAGCUCCCUGACUACUGGCACGACGGACAGAUCACUGAAGUCGGCAGCUCAGAAGAGGAGGACCUCCUCGUCAACUAAGCUAUCCGCCGUGCCCAGCGAGAGCGCAGACAGUGCUGAAGGCGGUGCUUACGACGAGCAGCAAACAUUCAUCAAGCUACAGUUCAGCAUCAACAGGGCAAUAGUUGAGCAGCGGUCGAACAUAGCCAUGGAGGAGGACAUACUCCGCAUCUUGCCCAUGAGUUUCUCAUCGACUCAGCAAGAAAUUGCUGCCACUCUGAGCGGAAAUCAGUCUGUUAACAAUCUGCAUAAGAACUUGGAUCAGAUCGCGGCGGUUGUGAAAAUCAAGCUGUGCGACGUAGUUCGCAAUCGCCUAGAGAGACUGCAGCUGGAAGACAAGGUCAGUGCCGAUGGGGAGCCGGAGGAAGUGCGAAGCUUCACCGGUGUUCUCGGCGAUCCAAAGCUAUUCCGUAUGCAUCAGCAAGACCUGGCACGGAUGCUAGCCGCCAGUGGCUCGUACGACUCACUGCAGGACGAGCUGCGGUCCGCUGUGCUUCAGAUCGUCAAAGAGAAAUUUGUGCACAUGACGGCAGCGCAGAGCCGGGAGGAGCUACAGGAGCUGCUGCCGCAGGUGCACAUGUUUGUUGCUCGUGAGAUCAAGAAGUACUUAGCUCAGUGGAAGCAGCAGUCACGUCCAGUCGACGAGCCUAUCGACCCGCCUCCCGGCUCCGCUUACCUGCUCUUUGCUAGAGAAGCAGAGAGCGAGAGGCACUACAAGUUGGCCUCGCACUACUACCGCAAGUGCAUCACCGCCAAUCGCACAGCGGGCAACCUGUUUCAGUACGCUAAGUUCUGCCUGGCGUGCGGGGAUCAGCAAGCAGCACGUCGCAACCUGAUGGCAGCCAUCUCCCAGGAGAUUGACCACGUGCCUAGUUUGCUGCUCUUUGCCAUUCUGUCCGCAAUGCAUGGCGACGUUGAGCAGGCCGGUCUCUUCUUGGAGGCCGCCAAUGAAUACAAUAAGGGUGCCAGCACAUUGCCGCGCACCAUACUCGGUCUAGUUCAUGACAUGUCUGGCGAUAUCAUGUCACGAGAGAUGAGCUUCAGAGAGGCGCGCCGCCACCUCAGAGAAACACUGCGGCAGAAUGCUGAGGAGAUGACGCGCACGGAUAGCGAAGUGACCGUUCGUGACAGCGAAACUCCAGGGGAGACUGAUUCAGAGAAGGCCAACCCCACGAUCGGUGUGACUGCGGCAAGUAGCGCCUCUACGAGUGCACAUGUACCACCGCCCGCCGGUGCUGCCGCUGCUAGUGCUACUGGUGGCCAGCCGAUCGCACGUGCCACUGCUGGUGAAGCAAGUCAGCUCCAGGCUACGGGCAGUCACACCAGUAUUCACUCUGUCAGCAAGACGUCGCAAACCUCCCUUGCUGGUGAGGGUGGACAUGCAUCUCAAUCCAGUCUCGCUGGCCCAGCCGCAACUACGUCAAAGACAACGCUGCAGGCUUCAGGGGGCAAAGGGCAUACGAAGUCGACUACAGAACCGGAGACCACCGCACUUGACAAAAACGAACUCACCGAGAAACUGCCCAGCAUCUUCAUGGACGUUGCAGUGUUUGCUAUUGCCUGCCAUGUUCCUCAUUUUGGUGCACUAGCCUUGCAGCACCAUCUUGCUGCGCAUGGCUUCUCGUUGGAAUACUACAUUGUCAUGGCGAGUCUCUGCCUGGAGCGUGGACACUACCAAGCCGGGGCUGAGUGCCUGGAGAUAGCCUUGAAGCAGACGUAUGCCAACGCCACUGUCUGGGCAAUUCUCGGCCACAUCCAAUACUUCACUGGCGACACAGAGAAGGCCAAAGCAUCAUACGAUCGCUGCAUCAAUCUGGCCGAGCAAACUAAAGACGAGCACAUAAUCAAGCUGCGCCUCGGUCAUCUUUACCUGGAGGCCGGCGAGUACCGCAAGGCCAAGACCGUGUUUCUGCUUGCAGCCAAGAGCAAGAAACUCUCCGCCAAAGCCUGGCUAGGUGCUGGCAAGGCUUGCUACUACCUGGAGUCCUAUGGCGAGGCCGAGAAUGCACUGCGCGAGGCACGCUCCCUAAAUCACGAAGAAGCAGAAGUCUGGGCGUACCUAUCUCUCAUCUCCCUGCAGUGUGGCCACCGACUGCCUGCAGAGCGUACUUUCCAGUAUGCUAUGAAAAUGGGCCUGCGUGACAGCUCCUUGGCACGCGUGCUUGCCGGACUCCAGGCCGAGAAGGGAUUCGGAGAUCCAGCUAAAGUUCUGGAGUUUUGAACCUGCCUCAGUACACAGCGCUGGUCGACCAUGAUACCGAGCAGAUUCUAACUGGGGUGGCUUGUGUUUCCUGCAGCUACAUUGUGCCACGUUCUUCCCAUGUCAGUCCCGCGCAGGUCAAUGUGUUGGAGCAUGGUGUCUCCCGGCAGUUUAAUUCUCUUCUUUCCAAUCGUGGCCUGCUCGUCACGGCAUGACUUCUGUGUACGGCCGCCGUCCAUGCAGUUGAUGGAUGUGAUAGCCUGAACAAAGCAUAACAAACGGACUGAACUACAGUACUAGUAUGUAUGGAAUAACUUGAGCCUUCAAAGUGAUACUUGCUAUACAGGAUUGUUGUUGACGCUUGGCUUGCACCCAUGGGUGAAUGUUUUGUAGCUUUUGCCUUUAUUUUCUGCCGUUCACCUCCAAGAUUGAGACUUGAAGUAACAGUUACAUGUGGCUUCUGUGGAAGUAUGGCGGGUGCACCCUACGUAUGGCGGGUGCAUGACACACAGUCUGCUUGGAAGCGUGAUGAUACAGCACUAUUUUUUAUUAUUAUCACCGUAUGUCCGCACCUUUAAAGCCAUGGAGGUAUACUAGUAUUCGAUUAUAAAGCCAGUCUCAGUUAUAAAGCCAUGUGCUUCAUAAGAGAAAUGACAUUUGAAAUGAUUAUGUUUUGUAAAUGUGAAGGAAUGCGUAUACAUGAUUGUGAUUGCGCUAACAAACUUACAACCCAGCAGGUGAGUCAUUUUGCCUCUACCGAUUCACAAUACAACUUCUUGCGACACACAGUUCACAAUCUUUUUCAUGUUUGCGACAUCCUUAUCAUGCACUAGUACUAGUAGUACUAUGUACGUGCGCCUAUAAUUUGUAGGGUUGAAACUGUAC